AUGCCUCGGCGGCAGAAGAGUAAGCACCACGUCUGUGAGAAAUGCCAGAAGGCCCGGAGUGAGACUCAGAGUCUCAAGGGUGCUCAGGCCACUGCAGCAGAGGUAGAGGGGUCCGUCCCCUGCCCUCUUCCCGAGGAUUCUCCUCCCAGCUCCCCUGCACCUGACCCAUCCCAGGAGCCUCAGGGAGCCUCAGCCACUAGCUCUCUUGAAGCAGGUGCCUCAGGCCCAACAUCUGAUGCCAGUGGCACGAGCCAAGAUAAGAAAAGUGUAAGCGCCUCUCAGGCAGCACUCGCCACUCUGAGGGCUCGCAGAGAUCCUAUACCCAGGCAGGUGAGCAAGUUGAUGCAGUACCUGCUGCAGAAGCUGAACCGGAAGGAGCCCAUCACUCACAACGCAUUGCUGAAGUUUGUCAACAGGAGGCACAAGGAGCACUUCCCGGAGAUCCUCAGGAGAGCCUCUCAUCACUUGGAGCUGGUCUUUGGCCUGGAGCUCAAGGAAGUCAACACCAACAGUCACGUCUAUGCCUUUUUCAACAAGCUGGGCCUCCCGAUUGAGGGAGACCUGAGCAGUGAUGAGGUCUUGCCCAAGACCGGGUUCGUGAUGCUGCUCCUGGGAGUGAUCUUCAUGAAGGGCAACCGUGCCACUGAAGAGGAGAUCUGGAAAUUCCUCGAUGCGUUGGGGAUCUACCCCGGGAAGAACCAUCCCAUCUUGGGAGAGCCCAGGACAUUCAUCACCAAUGAUCUGGUUCAGCAGAAGCAACUGGUGUGCCACCAGAUGCCCGACAGUCAACCUCCAAGCUAUGUGUUCCUGUGGGGGCCAAAAGCCCAUGCUGAGACCAGCAAGAUGAAAGUGCUGGAGGUUCUGGCCAAGCUCAAUAAUAAGGCCCCCAGUGCCUUCCCAAGCCUGUAUCAGGAGGCCUUGACAGAUGAGGAAGAUAAAGCAUGGCUGAGAGCCGCAGUCAUGGUUGGCCCUUUUACCAAGGCUACUACCUCUUCCAGGGCCAAGUCCUGUAGCUCCUCCCAUGUCUAG